CUGUUCUCAUGUCGAAAAAAAUCCAGGUAAAUCUAUGAAUUCUGUCAGAAAUACAAAAACAAAGGAAUUGUCUAGAAACAGCCAGAAGCACCGAAAAUGCAAAAAAAAACAGUUUUUUUUUUCGAAAUAAAUGAAAGGAGCAACAACUAAAAUACACUGAUUCUCGUCACGAAAAAAAAAGCGAAAACGAGGGAAAAACUACUGUAGAAAAACGUGUUGAAUUUAUUUAUUUCAAUUCGUUUUAUUUUUUUGUUCGGUUUAGCUAUUUUUUGACCUACCAUACAUUUUGGCGGGAUGUUUCACUUUUUAGUUCUUUAACUUUUUUUUGCAGAUGGUCAGUUUUCAUCAUUUUCGAAGUUUGUCUCUUCAAAAUGUCAACGACACCAAUGAAUCGUAAACUUCUAUCGAUAAAAGAAGUUGAAUUUCCAUUCGUAAGUUUUAUAAACUCAUAAGAUCUUUUGGCGUCAUCCUAGUGCUCUUCUUUUACAGAAGUUUUCACCACUAGCAACAUCUUCGCCAAUUGCAAAAAAGACGGCAAACAAUUCGUUUUUGUCAACAAGUUCUGGAUCUGAAGGAAAUUUGACUGAAAGAGCUAUCAAAGGAGUCGAUGAAAGCUUGAUUGCGUGAGUGAAAUAUUCAAUGAAUUUUAAUUGUUUCAAGCAAUUGAUAGGCAUUUUCAGAGACAAAUCGGAUUGCUCACUUUUGUCGUUUCAAACAGCAAUCGAAUAUGUCGAUGGAAACGCAUUCAUGCCAACAAAAUUCCGGCUUCCUCAUGAUUCCGUCAGAGCGGCUCUUGAAAUCUGUGCACAAAAAACAUGGCCAUCAAAUACACCUUCAGCAUACAAAGAAAUUGUGAGUUUGAAAAGAAAUCAAUUUGUCUUCAACAUGAAAUUAUUUUUCAGGCUUUGCAAAGAUAUUUGUGGGAUGCAAGAUCAAUUUGGAGAUCAUAUACAAUGGUUCAAGAACCUGGAACAGUCAUCCAAUUUUUGUGCAAAGAUGGAUUGACCAAAUCAUAUAUCAAUAAUUUGAUUGGAUUCACAUAUUAUAAACUAAUCGAUAUAUCUGUAAAUGAUAUUUUCGAUAAACAAAAUAUGUUUGAUUAUUUCAUUGAAAGAGGAAUUCCAUCAACAAUUAUUGAUCGAUUAUUCGAAGGAGUUGUGACAAAAGGAAGAAAGGAGAUAUUAAAUGUUGCCGAAGCAUCACAUUUUAUAUUCGCACUUUAUGGAAUGGAUGAAUAUCAAAGUAUCGAAUAUUGGUUCAGAAUAUUUGAUGUUGAAGGAUUGGGAUAUCUGGAUCAAAAACAUUUGGAAAUUCAUUAUAAUGAAGUUGUGAAGUUUUUGAGAAAGAUUGGAAUCGAAGCUUUAAAAUUCGAUCAAGUUUUCGAUAUGGUAAGUUUUUAUGAUUAAGAAAAUGAUGAAAAACUAGAACAUUUUCAGUUCUCGGAAAUACUUGGAACACGAAAAUGGACAUUGAAAAUCCUCAAGAAAUCUCCGACAAUAACAGUUCGAGUUCUUUCGGCAUUUACAAAUGCAUUGAAAUUCUAUGACUUCGAAACAAAUGAAAGUAAGUUUUUUCUGUUUGAUUUAAAAGCGAAUAUAAAAAUUAAUAUUUAGGAAUGAAUACUGAAAGAGAAGACGAUGAAAUGUUUGGCGAACAUCGAAAUUGUUGGCGGCGAGAACUCGACCAUGCAUAUGAUUCUUUUUAUGAUCAAGAAGAUAUCAGUCAAUGA